CGUUAGCUAGAAACCUGUUGCGCCCUCGAUUGUCGAAAAAAAUGGGACUAGCUAGCUAAACGCUAGAGCUCACAGAAGCUCAACUGACUCUAUGAAAAAGAGAGGUCGAACUUCAUACCUUUGAUUUUUGUAACGUUAACGCGUUUAUUAGGGAGAAAUCGCAGCCAUUCCAAAUUGUUGUUGAGUUUUUCAGUUCCAAGGAGCGGUUUCCCGUCCGUAGCGCACUCGCUUCUUACGCGUCCCCGUGGUUGGCAAGAGAAUGUGACGUCACCCGCGCGUUCAUAUUCACCUUGUACUGUCCUGGGACUGUGUGGUUGACUGAUGAUGACAGACAGCGCACUUUAUUCAGUUUAUAUGAAUAUACAUGGUUGGAUGAUUUUUUUUAAAUAUAUACAAAAAAAGAGAGAAAAUAAUGAAUUAUGACCCUCCACCGUUCUUUCUAAUGUCUUGCAGGGUGAUGUCCAGAUCCACAUGAUCUAUAAAUCAGCAGGAGAAGAGGCAGCAGCUUACUUCCUUCCUAAUGUUGACCUCCCAGAGCCUCCUUUCCCCAGCCCUCCAUUUCCUGGGUCAAAGGUCGUCCACAGGAGGAAGAAGAGACAGGCCCCGCGGGUUGGAGGCAGUGUGGCCGAGGAGACCAAGUACAUCGAGCUGAUGGUGAUCAACGACCAUCUGAUGUAUAAAAAGCAUCGUCUCUCUGUUGGUCAGACGAAUAACUACGCUAAGUCUGUGGUCAAUAUGGCUGAUAUGAUCUUCAAGGAGCAGCUCAACACCCGCAUCGUGCUGGUUGCCAUGGAGACGUGGGCGGCUGACAACCGGUUCAACAUCGACGACGACCCCAUGGUGACCUUGAGGGAGUUCAUGAAGUACAGACGAGACUUCAUCAAGGAGAAGUGUGACUCCGUGCAUCUUUUCUCAGGGAACCGGUUCCAUAGCAGCUGGGGAGGAGCUUCCUAUAUGGGAGGAGUCUGUUCUCUAACUAAAGGGGGAGGAGUCAACGAGUAUGGCAAGACAGAUGAGAUGGCCAUAACCCUGGCCCAGUCUCUGGGACAAAACAUUGGCAUCUUUUCUGACAAGAAGAGGAUCCUCAACGGCGAGUGCAAGUGUGAUGACCGUUGGUCUGGCUGCAUCAUGGAUGAUGUUGGCUUCUACCUGCCCAAGAGGUUCUCCAACUGCAACGUGGAGGAGUACCAUACCUUCCUCAACAGUGGUGGUGGAGCCUGUCUCUUCAACAAACCCAUAAAGCUGGUUGACCCUCCAGAGUGUGGGAAUGGUUUGGUGGAGCCAGGGGAGGAGUGUGACUGUGGCAGCCCAGCGGAGUGUGAGAGGGAGGGAGAGAAGUGCUGUCAGAAGUGUACACUCACACAAGGCUCAAAGUGUAGCGACGGACUCUGCUGUAACAACUGUCAGAUGGAGUUUAUGGGCGUGGUGUGUAGGGAGGCAGUGAAUGACUGUGAUAUUCCAGAGAACUGCACUGGUAACUCCAGCCAGUGUCCCCCAAACGUGCACAAGAUGGACGGCUACUCAUGUGAAAAGGAACAGGGUCGUUGCUUCAACGGGAGGUGCAAGACCAAAGACAGACAGUGCAAGUACCUGUGGGGAGAGAAGGCGACCGCUGCUGAAAAGUUCUGUUAUGAGAAGUUGAACAUCGAGGGGACAGAGAAGGGGAACUGUGGGAAGGACAAAGACACAUGGGUCCAAUGCAACAAGCAAGACGUGCAUUGUGGGUACCUGCUAUGUUCCAACAUAUCGCCGGCCCCCCGACUAGGAGAGUUGCAGGGGGGACUGACGUCCUUCUCUGUUGCACAACACAGCGCCUCGCUGGACUGCAGUGGCGGUCAUGUGAUGAUAGACGGGGACAGUGACCUGGGCUAUGUGGAGGAUGGGACAGCCUGUGGGACAGAAAGGGUCUGCUUCAACCACAAGUGUCUGCCCCUUCAGGAGUUCAACUUCAGCACCUGCCCUGGAACCACCGAGAAGACCAUCUGUUCUGGACACGGGAUUUGUAGUAACGAGCUGAAGUGUGUGUGUCACUUGGGUUGGACUGGAGACGAUUGUAACUCCACAUCUCCUCUCAGCUACCUGGUGGUUGGACCCACCGCCUCUGUAUCAGGUAUCACCAGUACUAACAUCAUCAUCGGAGCCAUCACUGGCUCCAUUCUGUUCCUGGCUCUCAUCCUGGCCAUCACCGCCUGGGGAUACAAGAGCUACAGACAGCGGUGCUACGUUGAGUCAGAGGUUCACAGAAGAUUCUGCAGGCAAAUGCCUCCGGGUGACUAUGUGAAGAAACCCGGGGAUGCAGACUCGUUCUACAGUGACCUGGCCCCUGGGGUCAGCACCAACUCAGGCUGUAGCUCCAAGAAGAGGUCUGGCUGUCUGUCUAACCUGCAGAUAUACACGCUCUCUUUCCCCCCCUCCAUCGCCUCCAUCUCACAAAACAUCUCUCUGUUUGCAUUCAGGUCUAACGGUCUCUCCCACUCGUGGAGCGAGCGAAUCCCUGACGCCAAACACAUCUCUGACAUUUGUGAGAACGGGCGACCCAGGAGCAACUCAUGGCAAGGAAAUCUGAGUGGAAAUCGCAAGAAGUCGAAAGGGAAGAAGUUCCGUCCUCGCUCCAACUCUACAGAGACGCUCUCCCCGGCGAAGUCACCCACCUCCUCCACGGGGUCCAUUGCAUCCAGCCGGAGGUACCCUUACCCCAUGCCCCCCCUCCCCGACGACCAGAGGAAGGCCAACAGGCAGAGUGCCAGGCUGUGGGAGACUUCAAUAUAACACUCCUGUUAUCUACUCUGCAAAACUACUUAAGAACUACAUUUUCGUCCACUUUUCUAUGAAUUAAAAAAUACAAAUCAAAACAAAAUUGAAAUAAAAUGACGAAAAAAGUGAGCAACUGGUAUGAGCGGAAAAGAGAAGCGGAGGAAUAUGAAGAGGAGGAGGGUGUGAGAGUGUGAGAGUGUGUGCGAGGUCCGUCAGACCUGACCUGCUCAGUAGGGGACGCUACAGGGGCCAUCUGUCAUUCCUACACUGACAAGCCAAGACAGAACGAGGCAAGACAAGAUCCCUUUCAGAUUAGUUGGAGAUCCACCAGAGAUCAGCCCUUCACUCAUUGGUGAGGAAAAAGCAAAGCUGUUGUGAUGGUAACGGUGCAGACAGAGAGGAGAGGCCUCGUUGGGGAUGUCUCCCCCACUCCCAACACCCCAACAUCCCCCCAGCUUCCACCACACUCUUCUAGCUCCUCCCUCAAACUGUCCCACCUUACCUUACUCACCUCCCCCCAACCCCCCUCUAGCCCUGCCCCCAUGUAAACUCUCUCCUCUGAUUGGUGCUCCUCUCUGUUGAGGGGCGCGGACAGCUAUCAUAUCGGCAGAUUUCUUUACCAUUUUGAAGCACGCUGUUUAAUUACUGUAGAAAACUCCAACACUGUAUGCAUGAGAACCCCCUGUUAAUCAACUCUUCCUAGUGUCAUAAAGAAGAAGAAGUCUGGGACGGACAGCAUGCGGGGGAUGGUGAUGUCAUACGUACUGUAGGCCUUUAAGCUUUCUUUACAUUAUAGGCUUCUUCUAUCUCUGUGAUCAGCGACUCAUUAUGAACUGUAUCACACAUUAUACUAGCCAACUACCCCUGACAUGGACCCUAGACCCUAGCCACUCCCUGUUCUCUUUCUUUCGCCGUGUCAGGUUUUCCUGAAGGAUUUAGUUAUCGUUGUAAAUAUGUACAGCUUAAAGGCAGAGUAAUGUGUGCUUUUCUUUUUUACUUACUGAGAGGUGAAUGAUGAAGGGAUGCUCCCCCUCUUCUCUACUCCUCCUGCGGUGGUUCGUGUUAUAGACAGACAGGGUCUCGUAGGUCUUUGUAGAGACCCCGUACUUGUUUUUUCUGUCUGUUUCUCUCUUUUCAUUUCUGACUUAACUCUCUUCUCUCCCGUGUGGCUGUGUGAACACUCCAGCUUUCUUUUUCUUCCACAGCAGAAUGUACAAACAGUGUUCUAUAUUUCCUCUUUGUGUCAUCCUUUUCUCUGAGUAAUGCACUCUCAGUCACAGCCCGUCAUAAUUAAGACAGUAAACUUAAGAAUGUCAUUGAUUUAUAACAUUACUGAGCAUUUUAUCCAUUUGGAUAUUGAUAAUGGUGAAUAUGAUUUGAACUAAGAUAGUCCCAUGAGCCCUUCCUCGCUACAGAGGGGAGAGAACAAGUGUUUUUUUUGUAGUUUUAGAUGUGAUAUACAUGUUCAUUUAGCCAUGGUGGUUUAGAGAAUUUGGAGAAAUGUCCUGUGACUAUAAUCAUCCCACACUACGGUCUGUGUGUACAGCAGGGACAGACUGGCCAUCUGGCAUUUUGGGCAAAUGCAAGACGGCCUGGUCCAUUUUUUACACAGUGGGCCUGUCUUACUUGUUUUUUGGGGGGGGGAAUGAUAAUUAUCUUGCUAAUAAUGGGGGCCUCGAGGAAAGAAAUGGGCCGUUGUGUUUAAAAUGCCAGAGCCGAUUUCUGGUCCCAGUCCGCCCCUGGUACACAGUGUAAGACUGACAUAACAGAUAGAUACAACUGGAACCGACAACGCCACUGAGAUCCAACUGGACGAUGUGGGAAUAACAAUGUGGAAACUGAACAUUGUGUCAGAUGAAUUUGGAUUUGGGAUUUAUUUGGAUAAAAUUAUUAAAAUGUGCA